GCAGCGCUUCGAUCGGUUCCAAACAAGAGGAUGUUCCGUUAGCCUGCUAGCUGACCGCUCACCUCGUCGGGGAAGUUGCAAUAGCAUUUCUCGACAGCUGAACCCGGCAGAAGCGAUGCUGGGUCUCGGAUGUUCGGACGGGCACGUUAACGAACCGGGCUUCUGCGUUCACGAGGACUGAGAACCGGAGACGCGCCGAAGCUAGUUAGCUUAGCACGAAGCUAACAUUAUCGAGGCCGGCGGCUGCAGCGUCUCGGAGCUGGUUAACGUGGAUGUCUGGUCGCUAAACGAGACCCGUUAAAUUAACAGAUAACUAGCAGGUAUAUUUCUGGGAAUGCUAGUUAAACCGACGGGCUCCAAUAAAACACGGUGCUAAAAGUGUUGGUGGAUUUGAUGGUUUAGCUAGCUUAGCAUAUUAGCCGAAGAGAAAAGUGCAGUCAUGGACGAUUUUAGCUCGAUCAGCCUGCUGUCUCUGGCGAUGCUGGUGGGAUGCUACGUGGCCGGGACGAUACCUUUAGCUGUCAACUUCUCCGAGGAGAAGCUGAAGCUGGUCACUGUGCUGGGAGCUGGGCUGCUGUGUGGGACUGCACUGGCUGUUAUCAUUCCUGAAGGGGUCCAUGCACUUUAUGAGGAAAUCCUUGAAGGCGGACACCACAGCCACGGCCAGGCAGGAGUCGUGGAAGCGUCCGAGACGAAGGUCGAAGCAGAAGCAGCUCUGGGCGGCAGCGGGAAACACGAGCACAGUCACGAGCAGCUCCACGCCUGCAUCGGAGUGUCUCUGGUCCUGGGCUUCGUCUUCAUGCUGCUGGUGGACCAGAUAGGCAGCUCUCACGUUCACAACACUGAGGAUCCAGAGUCAGCGAGAGUCACUUCCUCAAAAAUCACCACCACGCUGGGUCUUGUGGUUCACGCUGCAGCUGAUGGUGUGGCGUUGGGAGCUGCUGCCUCGACUUCUCAGACCAGCGUUCAGCUCAUUGUCUUCGUAGCAAUCAUGCUGCAUAAGGCUCCGGCAGCCUUCGGCCUCGUGUCGUUCCUGAUGCACGCUGGUCUGGAGAGGAACCGCAUCCGCAAACACCUGCUGGUCUUCGCCUUGGCGGCGCCCGUCCUCGCCAUGCUCACGUUUCUAGGCCUCAGUCAGAGCAGCAAAGAGGCUCUGUCGGACGUCAACGCCACCGGUGUCGCCAUGCUCUUCUCUGCCGGCACCUUCCUCUACGUGGCCACCGUCCACGUCCUGCCUGAGGUGGGCGGCGGCGGCGGCGGCGGCCACAGCCACGCUGCUGCAGGCGGCAACGGAGGGAAGGGACUGAGCAAAGUGGAGGUGGGAGCUCUGGUGCUGGGCUGCCUCAUUCCUCUGGUGCUGUCCGUCGGCCACCACCACUAGGAUCUCAGACGGGUGUACAGGAGGGAAAGAAGCCGAAACAGAGACUUCAAUCGUCGUGGAGUUAAAUGUCUUAUCGUGUGUCGUCUGCCGGCGGACCGUCGUGGACCAGGAUCCUCGCAGGGACGUCUUUUGACUUGAAAAAUGAAAACGGGCAACGAGUUGCUGCAGUGACGGCCGAGCCACGUGUUUUAUCUGCUGACACUGACAACAAAACAUGAAAACAGCUACUGUAUGUUUGCAUUCAUUCCACCAGAAGUCUUUUUUUGUUUUUUUUAUUUACAUGAGGGAAGAGAUGGAGCUUUUAGUUCAGUUUGUUUAGAUCACAGUGGAGUUUUUGUUCAGCAUUCAGAGUCAAAGAAACAGCCCCGAUUUCAUUACAGCGAUCUUUUACUAGAUGACAGUUGCACAGCGAGAUUUAGACAAAUGUAAAGCAGCGAAACUCACUUUUUUUAGAAUAAUUGUACAGAAUUUAAAUCUAAAUAGCAUCGAUACAGAUGAAUUUGAACAGAAUUUCAAGUGCCAUAUUAGCAAGUUUGGAACGAGUCCCUGAAGAAGGAUGUCACAGUUUGCAGGAGACGGCGGUCUUGCAGACGGAAACGAAGCAGGAUGAGGUCAACCAGAUGAUUUUUAGUUUAUGGAGGGUCCUGGGCUGCUAGAAGAAGCUCCUGUUUCUUGCCGUGAUGAGAAGCUUGUCUUUGAUUCACGGUCCAGUCCUCUGAAGCCUGAACCCGGUGUGAGGACAGAAACACAACCAACCUCACUCAUGUCACAACUUGAACUGUCACUUUUGUUUUAUCCGUUUCUGGAUGCGGUAAUUUCUGUUCUGUUUAACCCUGGACAGCAAAUGUCAGAGAAACGUCUGUAUAGAAUUGUCUUACGUGAUUGUAUAGAGUGUUACUAAGUUUAUUUAGAGGUGGAGGGUUAUCCUGGGAGAUUUGCCUUAUAGAGAGCGUAUAGGUACCGUCGGCUCAGGAGAAAUGUGAGCUUUUUUUUUUGCUUUUAAUUUUAGUUGGUUCACUCCUCAUUAAUUAAUCAUAGAUGAGCAAUAAUCAUCAAAAAGUGAAACUGGGGCGCUUGUUUCUCAGCAGUGCUUGUUAUGUGAUCGAGAUCUGACGGUUAGAAGCUCUGGAACGCAGCCCCGCCCCGACUUCCCCGUCUCUGCUCCGGCUCCAUUAAGGCGGUAACCGGCUGGGUGCAUCAAACUGUGCGCAGGCUGCUCCCUCUUCAAUCAGGACAUGUGGAUAUCUGAGCGUUAAUGUUUCACUGUGCCUGCUCACAGCAGAGCUCAUGUAUAUGUAUGUAAGUAUGUAUGUAUGUAUACUGUACAGAGCAACUUCUUCCCUCCACGGUCGUCAUGGUUUCUGGCGUGAGACGGAACUGCUUACUCACAAAUACAUUUUUCUUUUUUUUUUUGUUUUCUAUCCUGAUUGUUUUUGUGUUUUUUGGGACGUCAUUGACUCAAGAGGCCACAGACUGUCCGAGGAGUCUCAGUUUUAUGUACAAAUUCAACAGUUUUACACACGACUGGUCGGUUAUUUCCAGCUGAUGUGAGGAAGAGAAAAGCCACGGAGAUGUUUUUAGCCUCUCUGCCAGAGAAAGAAGCUGCACGGCUGCGUUGUGUUUACGUGAAGCAGUUUGUGGUUACAAAAGGGAAGCUCUCCCUCCGCUGUGUUGGUGGGCAGCCUCAUGAUGUGCAUCUCAUCUCUAAACACUGCUGCAUCACAUUCCCUGCUGACAUUUGGCAUUUACACCUUUCAUCCCAAUGAAAGACCUCCAGAUUCUUUCACAAUCCUUUGCACACGUCUUUUAGGCCUGUAACUAAUAAUAAUUGUCAGUAUUGUUUAUUCUGAUUGUUUUCUUGGCUAAUGGUUCAAUUUAGCUCCUCUCACAUUUUUCCUCACUGUGGGAUCAUUUUUACAAGAGUAAAAAGUCCUGAACCUCCUAUGGAAACAGAGCAACCAUGACUAGAAGUUUAGAACUCAGAAGCUACACUUUUGCGUAGUAUAACAAUAAUAAAAGGAAGCGAUAGAAAAACUAAGAUUUUUUCUGAUUAUCGAAUUUUACAAAAAUGUAAAAGCGUUAAAUCGACAUGUACGACAUUUUUGUAAGUACUCACAGGUGUAAUGAGUAUUGGGGGGAAAAUGGAGGUUCUACAUGCAAUAGAUCAUGAACUGUUUACAUUUUUAGUUUGUUUGCAUACUCUGCUGUGUGUAUACGCUGCCUACAGUUCAGCCAAGUUUAUCCGAAAUAGUCUGAACUGUUGCUCGUACCAAGGAGUGCAGAUUUAUUGUUAAGGUUUGUUUUUUUCUCAGAUUCUAAUUCAAUCAAACAAUUUAUUUAAACGAGACAGAAAAAAGUGAUUUUCGAUCAAAUAUUAUGAUUCGAUUUGGUUCAUUUUCCUGAUUGAACAGCACAGAAGAUUAGUUCAUGGACUGUGUGAAAAUUGACUUCUUAAAAAAAAAAUUACAGGCAAAUGGUGUCAUUUUUGAUUUGAUUUAUUAUUUCAAACUUGUUGCAGAUUUUAGGGUUCAGAGGGUUAAAUAAAAAAUGUCCCUACUUUACUGCUUAUAAAAAGAGAAAAUCUUAAACCUUAAAUCCAUCAUGUAUUUGACAGUUUGGCUUCAAAAACCACACUACAGCUGUCAAAGUAGUCCCAGAUUAAGUCCCUGAAAACUUUAAAAUGUCAAGAUUUUCUCAGCAAGAGAAAAUAUUCAUCAGAGUUAAAGUUUGCAGGAAACUCUUUAGCUCCUGUUUAUUAAGAGCUUCACAUAAAAGACUGUGUUGAUGGAGUUUGAUGGGUUUAGAUCGACAGCGCAGGUAAAACGAGCAAAUGACUGCAUCACAUUUUAUGUAGAUGGAUAUUAAACUCUCAUCUGUAUAUAAUAAUCCAUAUAUACGAAACACUUGUGAUCACCGCUUAGAAGAAUGAAUCCUCUGAGGUGGUUUUGAUGCUCAGGCUGAGAGAUGGCGGCACAUCGUGGGGCUGUUCACGGUUGUGAUGGUUUCAAUGGAGGUCGGCGUGUUUCUGUUUCUGUUUUAUUUUUUUCUGUCAUUCCAGAAUGAGUCUGCCUUAUUUCCAUACUUUUGAUUGUGAGAAACUGUUGUAAAGCGACGUGUUUUAUGACGACUAAAUUAAAGUUUUUUUAACUGGUGAAAA